AUGGUGGUGAUGAAGAUGAAGUUCCCCUUUCAGAAAAGGGUAAAGUUGGCCCAGGGACUGUGGCUCCUCUCCUGGGGCGCCACGGUGGCUGGAGCAUUAACCUUCAGCCUCGGAUGCAUUCUCAAGACGGAGCUGCUAAGGAGGGCAGAGGUACCUUUUGAGACUUUUUCUAGGACUUUUUUUUAUAAUUCUCAAAAGAUUUUUUUUAACAUGUAGGCUAACAAUAAAUACUAGUGAUACUAAACAAAUUCAAAGCAACAGUAAUCAACUUGUUCUCAUAUUUCAAAGCUUAACUAUGUAGUAGUGUGUAUGCAGUUGUAGUCAUGCUGCCCCCAGUCUGAUUUUGCUUGUGACUUGGAGAUCAUUACCACUAAACUAAUAUUGUCAUAUUAAUGCCAUAUAACUCUUUUCUGUUUGGUUGUUAUUACACUCCAAGAAUAUUGGUUAGCCGUGUGGUGACAAAGCUGAUUUACAUCAAUAUUGUCCAGUAUGCUGACAACUAUUAUGAUUUUAAUUUUUGGUGUUUAACAAGAAAGAAGUUAGGGAAAAAGUGAUAAAAAUGAAUUUGAUAAUAAAUUUUCCAUGUUGAUUUGAUACAAUGAAGAGGUAGAUAUACCUGUGACCCACUUAAGGUCCUGAUUCAUCAUUUAUUAGACUAAGCUCUGUCACUCAUCCUAAUCUCUAUGAAUAAGGUCAUCUCAACUUUACAUUUCAUAUAGCUACAAAGCCCAUUGAUUGUAAAGUCUUGUAGAUCGUGUAAAUAACAUUUUAUUGUCAUAUAGACAUUCAAGCACCAAAAUAAGCUUUCAGGCUGUAGAUAUUUCCAUGACAUUUUAAACUGAAAUGAGGAGACAUUUUUGACCUCCAUUCAUUUUCAGUUUUGUUAACAUUAAUUGAAAAUAAUAAAAAUCUCAUUUUUUAAUGUCAUUAUGCAGGGGAAAUCAACAUGUGCAUAUUAUGAAUGAAAAUUAGAGUCAUGCAUGAUAUUUAUAAGUAAAUGAAUAAAACAGAGUCUGAAACACCACUGUCAGUGCUAUUAAUGUUACAAAUUGUUAGACAUAUGAAGACCCACAAAAUACUGUGAAAUACAUGUUAGAUGCUCUUGGCAUCUCUUUACACAUCUUGUCGAGAAAUUCCUCUAUGAAAACUAAACAUCACUGGGUUCCACAAUAGCCUAUAGUAUUUCCACUUACAUGACAGUAACCAAUCAUGUAAGUGGGUUAAGUUAACAUUGAGUUGAUGAAAGACUGUAUUAAUGUGUUCCAGCAGCUCUCCUGAAAGACUUGAAGUGGGCUGCUCACUGCUCCAAGGCUCUAUGUAAACUGAGAGGCUCUCAAUUAUGAAUUAUUUUGUGACUGGAGUUGUCAUAGUCAUAGCAUUAUAUAGCUAUAGAGCCAAAAAUAUUUCUUACUUCUUUCCAGAGAAAAGCCUUCUCUCUCUCUCUCUCUCUCUCUCUCUCUCUCACACACACACACACACUUUAAAUUCUGUGUUUCCUUUCUCAGAGCAUCUUCAUCACACUUUCUUUGAACUUCAAAGCUCUCCAGCUCUCACAAAACUUUAACUUUGAAGUAAGAUUAAGUCAGGCUGAAUUAGUAAGACAUGUUCCUAAAGUGAGACACAGUACAUCUAUAAUUCAUACAAACAUCUUAAAAUUCAGCUGCAAGUAAAUAUUUCACUCAUUAGCAGUUACAUGGACCUACAGUCUGAUAAGAAAUGAUAAGAAAACUUUUUUGUUUCAUAGUUUUUAAGUGUUUAUUUAAAGCUCUUGCAAGGAGCUUUUGGUUUGUGUCUGUUUUUGCACCACCUUGUGGACACAUGCUAUGUUGUUUUUUCCUUAAUAGAAAAAUCUGUCAUGUUCCAACCAAGAAUCUUGUUCUUUUAAAAUGUGGAAUAGAAGGUUGUUUACUGCAGUGUGCUGUUCAUUAUUUUGUAUUUGACAACUACCCUUGGCAGCAGUUUCAGACGCUCAAACAAACUAUACAGGGAUAAAACAUCUAUAUGUCAUUGGUGUUGUUUGCUUCUAUAGGUCAUACAUAGGAGUCAUUAUGAAUUCAGUCUCUUUUAUGAAUAGCUAUAAAUAAUCACUAUAGCUUUAACAUGUAUUUUCAUGAGUACUUGGGUCAUUGCAGGCAAAUAAAAAUGUGAGGUGGUAUAUUUUCCAAUAUAAGUUUAUUGUCUGCUUGUUAAAAAACAAAUGGUGUCUAAUGUGCUCAGUGUCUUUUCUUGUGUCUUACAGGUGAUGGAUAACUCAGACAUACAUGUGGUGCCAAACACUCUCAUUAUUGUUGGUCUGGCCUCUUUGGGAAUCAACUACUUUGCUUCAAAGAUCUGCCAAGAUGCUCUGGAUGCUGGCCGAUUUCCCCGCUGGAGGAACUUCCUGAAGCCAUAUUUUGCUGUCUCUUCUUUCUUCACCAUGCUCAUGCUGCUAGCUGUUAUCAUGAGCUAUGCGAUGACAGGCAGUCUGGAGUCAUCUCUGAAGGUUGGCCUGAGGAACGGCAUCCGCUUCUACAAGGACACAGACACACCAGGCCGCUGCUUCCAGAAACAGAUUGUUGACCGCCUGCAGAUGAACUUCCAGUGCUGUGGAAACAAUGACUUCAGGGACUGGUUUGAGGUCCAGUGGAUCAGCAACCGAUACCUAGAUUUCAACUCCAAGGAGGUGAAAGAGUGAGUUGGUUUCAUUGUCUGAGUGUUUUGUCCUUAAACAGCCACAAAUAAUUAUCAAAAUCAUCUUGAGCAUAUCUGUACCCAUGUUUUGUUUCCCUAGCCGCAUCAAGAGCAAUGUUGAUGGCCGUUACUUGGUGGAUGGAGUCCCGUUCAGUUGCUGCAACCCCAGCUCUCCAAGGCCAUGUAUCCAAUAUCAUCUCACCAAUAACUCUGCUCACUAUAACUAUGACUACCAAACUGAGGAGCUCAAUAUCUAUCUCCGAGGCUGCAGGGAGGCUCUGGUCAACUUCUACAUGGGGCUAAUGAACACCAUCGGGGCUGGAGUGUUCUCAGUCUUCCUCUUACAGGUACAGAAUGAGAAUUACAGAGACCAAAGGCAGAGUUGGUGUUGCCCCAGUGUACUUUUAAUAUGGAGGAUGGUCAAGGUGUUAUAUUGACUUCUUGGAGACUGGUACAUCUAAUUCAUUGUUGUGCACUAUCUUUACACACUCAUUAAAAACUCUUCCUCCUUUUCAGGGCUCUGUGCUGGUGAGCCUUCGGUUCCUGCAAACCUCCAUGGAGGCAGUGGCAGGGAAGGAAAACACAGAAAUUGAGACAGAGGGGUACUUGCUAGAGAAGGGAGUAAAAGAAACCAUCAUGGAGACCAUCGACCCUCUGAUGAAGUUUUUCCUGUUCAAUAACAAGGUGGAGGAGGAUGCGUCAACCAGCACAGCUGCUGCCCCAGAGACCAGCUAGACCUCAGAGGAUGUACACUCACAUAAAUAAUGUUAACCCAGAGAGGGAAUCUUAGGAAUAGUUAUAAAUUACAAUGUUAAUGACAGAUUCUCUUUUCAAUUUGAAACAUAAUGGAUUUUUAACUGUCAGAUGUCCAUCAUGGGGGAACAACAACUAUAAACUCCUACACAAAAUUUAAACACUG